ACACUCUGUAGGAGUUGGCAUCACUGGUAUGGUGUAAUAUCUUAGGUUGUAUUCAAGUGCGUGUUCUCUUUCUGUGUGUUCUGUGGUGGUUUUUCCGGUUGAUUAUAUCGUAGAGUAUUUGAUUUGAAAUUUGAAAGUAUUGAUAAGAAGUUAUUUUAUACAAAUGUCGUAUCGACCAGUAACGCAUGUAAUUUUUGACUGCGAUGGUCUGCUGCUGGAUACUGAAACCAUUUAUGAAAAAGUGUACACGGAUCUGGCAGCGGAGCAUGGAAAAUACUUUGAUUUUGGUUUGAGGAUGAAAAUCCUUGGCCUCACACGCUUGACGUCUUGCAAAACGAUUGUCGAAGAGCUGAAGUUGCCCAUGACACCUGAAGAGGUGGUGGAGUACCAGGUGGAGAAAGAAAAAGAGCUGCUGCCUGGAGUUCGUAUGAUGCCAGGAGUGGAGCGGCUGGUGAGGCACCUCGUGUUGCACAAAAUCCCCAUCGCCAUAGCGACGAGCAGCACCAUGGAGGCCAUGGAGAUGAAGAUGUCCUCCCACAGGGACCUGUGGGGUCAGUUCAGCCACACCGUGGCCGGGGGCUCCGACCCGGAGGUGAAGAGGGGCAAGCCAGCUCCCGACAUCUUCCUGGUCUGUGCGUCCAAGUUCUCGACCCAACCCAAGCCGGAGGAGUGCCUUGUUUUUGAGGAUGCUCUUAACGGUGUGGAAGGAGCGUUGGCUGCUGGCAUGCAAGUUGUCAUGGUUCCGGAUCCCAGAGUUCCUAGAGAAGGCCUGCCUGCCACGCAGGUCAUUUCAUCCCUGCAGGAGUUCCAGCCAGAAUUGUUUGGCCUCCCACCAUUCUGAUUAGGUUGCUUGUGCAUAUAUGUGUAUAUAUAUACAUAACAUUGUAGUAAAAAUCUGUUGUAAUAUAUAACAUGAGUAGGAAAAACUAAUACUGUAAUAAAUAUUGUAUAUAAUUGUUAUCUGUAUAUACAGUCCGUAUUUAAAGAUCAUGAGGCACUA